UUUAGACUGAAAUAUGAGCAAUUCUACGCUUACAGAAGCGGAUAUUCCGGGUUCUUCACUUUCUGGAAGAGACCCAAGUAGUUUAAAAGUAGAUGAGUUAAAAUUCUGGCUCAAAUGCAGAGGAGAUCGGGCAAAGGGCUUGAAGACGAAGGCGCAACUUGUUAAGCGGGUAGAAGAGUAUGUAAGAACUGGAAAAGAUCAAAACUUGGUCGAUCCAGAUAUAAACAAAUUGUACACCCGUCGAAAAGAACUUCUUUGGCUUCCCCGUGCCAAAUAUUCACUUGACCAAACUUCAAAAACAUGUAGUUUAUGUAGGUUGUAAACAAUCUACUGACAGUGGCCUGAGAAACUCCAAAUAAGUGGGCUAGGUGCUGCGCAGCAAAUACUCUUCUUAGCCUACAUAUUACAAGGAAAAAUUCAUCAAUUAGUGUCAGUCUCCUUGGUCUGCCACAUUUCUCUUUGGGGUUUCAUCAUCCUGAUCUUCAAUGUUGUCCUCAUUAACCUGACUUUGAUACAAAUCUGCUUCCACAUCAUUCUUCUUCGAAGUGUGAUACCUCACAUUAUAUCCUUUAACUCCUGUAUUCAUAAACUUGAAUAUUCCUAAAAAUGUACGAUAAUUAGGAAAACCAGUAUAAAACGCAAUAUUUUCAUCAGAUUGUAAGUUAUCUAGGCUGAAUAUCUUUUGCUCUGUGUGAUGAAGUUUGUUCUGGAGAAACAUACACUCUUUUUGUAAUUCAUCUUUCCUUACUUCAUUAUUUCAUUAUCAAACAAAGUCUGAAGUGAUUCUUGUCGUUCUGAAUCGAGCUCAGCCAUUAGUAACUUGUUUGCUUUGGCAAAUCGUUCUGACUUCAGUCGAAGAUCCUGAAGUUGAGAUUCAAGUGCAUUCAUUUUUUCUUUAAGUUUAGCAUUCUCUGCUUGUGCUUCUAUAGGUUUUUCUUCUAUUGUCGGUUCGCGUACAAUCUCUACAGGCUCAGUGAUUGAAUCGGCGGUUGUAGGUUCAUCUUGGACAGGUGUUGUUACUGUUUGGCGUUUCGAAGGGCGAUUUUCUUUCCUUUGGCGAUGCCAUAUGCCACGAGGAUUUCGAUGGGACGCUACAAGGCUUCAGUGUUAUAAUACCAUUCAAUGAUUUUUUCAUGUCAGUUUUCUUGAAAUGACGGGUGCACACUUUAGUCCGACGAGUUAGUUCAAAAUCUUUUCCGGGAUCUCUUCGAAUCGCAUGGAUCCAUUUCUUUCGCAAAACUGCAUUCUUCGGGAAGUUAAAGAAUGAAACUUUCUCCCCAUCUGAAUUGCGAUGGCUCUUAAAGGUACAAUGAGGAACACAGCAGUGUGUAGGCAUUUACAAGGGCAAAAUAUCGAUAAGGAUUUCGAGAAAAUCCCUGCUAAAAAAGCGAACAACGAAAUGGCGAUGUCUGACCGACCUCGCUUUGGUGCAAACUCGUUACCAAUCCCUACAGAAGAAUGCUCGCUUUGCAUAGCGUGUAUAUAACACCCAACAAAUUUCGCGUUACAUAACAACGAAACCUGUUUGCGAAGUAGAAGGAAAAAAUUGAGAGAGAGGUCAGAUCGAAUUAAACUGCAGGGACGCCUACUUUUGAAUUCAAGAUGAGAGUUUCCUCAGAAGCACCUCUCGUCAUGGCUUUCAUGCUAAUCUUGACGUCUGACGAAAACGGAUCAAAAUUAACAUCCUUUCAAGGUGUAAACGGUGAUAUUUUUGCUAAUCAAGAUGAAAAUGCCUGGUAUGAACAAGGUGUCAAGCUCAUUAAAGACAAUGUUAAGGUGAAACCGAACACAGACACUGCCAAGAGUGCAGUUUUGUUUUUGGGCGAUGGAAUGGGUAUCAGUACCGUCACCGCCGCACGCAUCUUUGACGGGCAGCAGAAGAACAUGGAGUAUGGUGAGGAAAAUGUGUUGAGCUGGGAGGUGUUUCCUUGGACAGCUCUGGUAAAGACGUAUACCGUUGACAUGCAGGGAACGGACUCCGCAAGUUCUGCGACGGCUUUUCUAAACGGCAUAAAGACUAACGGAGGCGUUGUUGGUGUAGACGAAACUGUAAGAAGAGGCUAUUGCGAGACAUUGACUGAGAAAAGUAAAGUUGUGUCUAUCCUGACGCUCGCUGAGAGGGCUGGGAUGUCCACGGGAGUCGUGACUACCACGCGAGCCACUCACGCGACUCCCGCGAGUUCGUACGCGCACUCAGUCGAUAGGGGUUGGGAAAGUGACAAAGAUCUCAAUUCAAAGGUCAAGGAUGACGGAAGCAACUGCAAAGAUAUUGCAACGCAGCUUGUCGAAUAUUCUCAUGGCAAUGGUAUAGAGGUUGUCUUCGCUGGAGGACGCCGGGAAUUUAUGCACAAAAACCAAUCGGACCCAGAGUAUCCGGACAAGAAAGGAGACAGGCAGGAUAACAAAGAUCUGAUUAAACAGUGGUUGGAGAAAUAUCCCGGCUCACACUACGUUUGGAACAAAACCGCCUUCGACAAGAUUGACCCGAACAAGGUUAAUCGCGUGCUAGGACUCUUUGAGCCUUCUCACAUGCAGUACGAAUCAGAUCGAACUGCCUCUGAUACACUAGGAGAGCCGUCAAUUGCAGAAAUGACUGAAAAAGCCAUCAAAAUACUACAGAAGAACCCCAAGGGAUACUUUCUUUUAGUCGAAGGGGGGCGCAUUGAUCAUGCACACCACGAUGGCUCGGCCUAUAAUGCACUUCAUGAAGCCGUUGCAUUCAACAAAGCGGUCCAAACGGCGAACGAUAUUGUGCAGAAAGACGAUACCCUAAUAACAGUGACCGCUGACCACUCUCACGUCUUCACAAUCGGUGGCUAUACAAAGCGUGGGAACCCUGUGCUGGGUGUACAGGUAAACGUAGACGGCAAAGAAGCCAAUGACAGCUUCGGUAAGGCUUAUACUGCCCUUGGGUAUUUCGAUGGCCCCGGUGGAUUGAAUGGUUCCCGGCCGGACAUGCGCGGUGUAAAAACAGACGCUAAAGACUUUCUUCAGCAAGCUACGGUCCUCCUUGAUUAUGAAAGUCAUGCAUCCGAAGAUGUCGGGGUUUACGCAGAUGGACCCGGAGCGUACUUAUUCCAUGGAGUGGUGGAACAGCCGUAUGUCUUUCACGUGAUGGAUCACGCUCUUUGCCUGAGUGAGAGUAAACAGGAUACAUGUGAUAAGCAAGUGAGCAGAGGUGGCCCCAUUCCUAAAAGUGGAGGAAAUUCUCUCUCUAUGCCCAUGGCUAUGUUUGGUCUGUUUAUCGUAGCCGUGCGCAUUUUUCAUUGAGUGACGCUCAAUUUAAGAUCAAACCUUUCAUUGCAGUAGAAAGCGUAAGUAGCGGCAAUCACGGAUACUUGCUGUUGACGAUUGGUUUUGUUGCAAGUUGGAACUUCUCUUGUUUCACGAGCGAAAUCAUUUAUACUCACCUGAUAUUUUCCUCUUCAUACUGCUCUUUUUUUUAUCAGAAACUUUCGCUUAAGGUGUUGAUUGGUAAGAUUUUUUUUACAGCAGAUGUAGAGUUUACCACUGAUCAUUACUGAGACAAUCGUUGGCACAAUAUAGGUAGUCAGUGGCUGUAGCCAAAAAUCUGAGCCGGAAAAAGAGUACAGCCGUGUAGAGAUUGGUUUAUUAAGCAAUGAUAUCAAGAUUUGUUACGUUCUGGAAAUUGUAUGCCUUAUUUGAUCGGUAGCUAUGGCGCUGAUUAAAGAAAUUUUCGCAAUAAUGAAAAUGCAACUUCCUCACUUGGA